AUGGAAAUCAAGAUUUUACCUUCCAUUCUUCUUGCAGCAAUUUGCUUCUAUGAAGAAAAGUUGAUAACAAUUAUAUUGGAAACUCUUGCAGGGGCUCAUUCAGCCGUCUUCACGGUGAAAAAUAAUUGCGGGUUCGAAAUUUGGCCCGGAACAGUAACUGGAGCGGGUUCAGCACCGAUUCUAACCGGAUUCGAUUUGGCACCCCAAGCCUCAAAAACCAUCAACGUCCCAGCUCCAUGGUCAGGAAGGUUCUUCGCUCGAUACCGAUGCUCAACCGCCGGCAACAAAUUCACAUGCGUGAGCGGAGAUUGUGCAUCGGGUCGAAUCGAAUGCAACGGGGCGGGUGCAAUACCGCCCGUAUCUCUCGUUGAAUUUACUUUAGGAGGAGCCAACGGCCUGGACUUCUUUGAUGUCAGUCUCGUUGACGGUUUCAAUUUACCAGUUUCUUUGAAACCCGAUGGGGCGAAUUGUCAAACUGUUACCUGUGCAGCUAAUAUUAAUUCUGGUUGUCCUAGUGAAUUGGUUGUUAAAGGCCCGAAUGGAGACGUGGUUGCAUGUAAGAGUGCUUGUGUUGCUUUUAAUCAGCCGCAAUAUUGUUGCUCCGGCGCGUUUGCAAAUCCGUCGGUGUGCAAGCCGUCAAAUUACUCGGAGAUAUUUAAGAAACAAUGCCCUCAAGCUUAUAGUUACGCAUUUGAUGAUAAGACCAGUACUUUUACGUGUGCAACUGGGGCAAAUUAUCUUAUUACCUUUUGUCCUUAACCCAGAUUGAUAUAUUAUUUUCUGAGUUCUAAUAAGGUUUCUAGAGAAUAAAUUGGACAAUAUGUUUAAAAUAUGCUCAAUUAUAUUUUAUUGAGACAUGGUGAUAUUGUUCUUGAAAUUAUUGCAUGAGUUGUUCAACUUUAAAAUAAAUUAAUUUUGAUGCUCAUCUUAUUGAAUAAGCACACAAAUCAAGUGAAUAAGGACUUCAAAUGUGAAUUGUUAUUUUUUAUUCUGAAUUUAGCAAAACUAAAUAUGGAAUUUGUAGUCCUCUCAUUUAGUAUUUUAAUUCAACUUGAAUUAACAAGAUUAGAUAUUGAGUGAUAAAUAUAUGCAUGAAUGAAAGAACAUUGCCUACAAUUUUGAUGUUUUGACAUCUAAAAUGCAAAAUGUAAUUGAUUCUUACAUAAUUUUAUCACUCCAUAUCGAGUAACUUAUUCAAGAGAUUGCAGACAACUUUGAUCUUUUGAGCUAUCAAAAAGUCAAAAAAUAUAAUUCAUUCAUGCAUAAAUUUGUCACCGACAUCUA